AUGGACGCAGUCAGGUGUUUCGUUGGUAACCGACAAAAAGACUGGGACGUCUUACUUCCUCAGCUUGCGGGAGCAAUGAGAUCGACAGUAAACCGGAGCACGGGGCAGACACCAAAUAUGAUGAUGUUGGGCAGGGAGGUUAAUCUCCCAGCAGAUCUUAUGUUCGAGUCCUGUAAUACUCCCCUUCAACAGGGGGUUGCACCCUAUAUUCAUCGAUUAGUAGGCGCUUUGCAGGAAGCUCAUCAUAUAGCUAGACAGAAAUUGAAGGAGACACAGCGCCGGAUGAAGAGGAACUAUGACCUCAGGGUAUUGAAGCGGUCUUAUCAGAAAGGAGAUAUUGUCUACAUCCUGGAUAGUGGGGCAACUAAAGGCAGAUGCAAGAAGUUGUGCCCUCCCUGGAAAGGGCCCGGUAUAAUUGUGGAAAAGAUCACACCAUACUUGUUUCGGGUUCAGCUUAACAACAAGGUCUUGGUCUUAAACCACGAUAAGCUCAAGCCUUGCAGGGACCGCCAAAUGCCUGCAUGGAUAAACAAUUUCACAUCCAAUCUUCUGGUGGGUAACGAGGCAGAGGGUGAAGUUGAUACGGAGGCAGAUGAUGAGGCUUAUUGUAUUUGUAGAAAGCCAUGGAAUGGUCAAUUUAUGAUACAGUGCGACUACUGCGGGGAAUGGUACCAUGGGUCAUGCAUCAAUAUAGCCCCUUCCGAUGCCCUGGAUAUUGACCGGUUCAAGUGUUCUUCUUGUAAGAACAAUGUGGUCACUCAAGCAUAG